AUCGCUCUCUCUUCAUCUCUCUCUUUCUUGACGUAGCGCCCCCGAUUCCUCAACCCCACACCAUCUCUGGGUCGAAACAAGGGAGAGAAGAAGAAGAGAAUGUGGAAUUUGUCCAUGAGACGUUGACAGAGAGGAUCGUCUGGGGAAGAACGAGUGAAACAGGACUAUGUAAAAAAGUGGUGGAAAGCAAUAACAACCUCCGCAGGAGAGAUGAUGAUGGAGAUCAAGAUGAAAUGAGGGGAAAAGUGGGAGACCAAAGAAACGAGGGGAGGAAUGGCUGUCUGGAUGGGGAUUUAAGUGAAGGAUUGGCCCACCAGACCCUGGUUGAUGGCGAGAGAAGGAAGGAGAGGCCUGACUGUGAGAAAAGCGUCGUUCAUACAUCGGCAGUGGGUCACCCUCAGAACAGUCCCACGGGGGAGAAACCAUUUAAAUGUGCAGAUUGUGGCCUGAGCUUCAGAAAACAGAGGGAACUCACCUCCCAUCAAAGGAUCCACACAGGAGAGAAACCCUUUCAGUGCCAGAAGUGUGGGAAAAGCUUCAGUUUUAAGAGAAACCUUAUCACCCACGAAAGUAUACACACAGGGGAGAAGAGACAUAAAUGCCCGGAGUGUGGGAGAAGCUUCCGCCAGCGUCAGAGCCUCACCUGCCACCAGAGAAUUCAUACAGGGGAGAAGCCCUAUAAAUGUCUGACCUUCAGAGGAAAUCAGCAGCUCAGAUACCACCUAAGAAUACAUACAGGGGAAAAACCCUUCAAAUGCCAAGAGUGUGGGAGGAGCUUCCAUUAUAGCAAAGCCCUUACCUCCCACCAAAGAAUGCACACAGGGGAGAAACCCUUUAAAUGCCAAGAAUGUGGAAAGCGCUUUUAUCAGAGUGGACAUCUGAUAGCACACCAAAACAUACAUACAGGCGAAAAACCAUUCAAUUGUCUUGAGUGUGGAAAGAGCUUCAGAAAUUCCACACAUUUUCACUAUCAUCAAAUAAUCCACAAAGGAGAGAAACCAUUUAAAUGCCUAGAAUGUGGGAAGACUUUCAGGCGGAAGGGCACCCUUAAUAUCCAUCAUAGAGUCCACACUGGAGAGAAGUUGUUUAAGUGCCUGGAGUGUGGAAAAAGCUUCUGCCUGAGUCAAAGCCUCACCUACCAUCAAAGGAUCCACACUGGGGAGAAGCCAUUUGCAUGCUUAGAGUGCGGAAAGAGCUUCAGUAGACGCUCAUACCUUACCUCCCACCAGAGAACCCACACAGGGGAAAAGCCGUACCAGUGUACAGAUUGUGGAAAGAGCUUCAGAGACAGUCAACAACUUAGCCUCCAUAAAAAAAUCCACAGUGGGGAGAAGCCCUUUAAAUGUUCGAUAUGUGGGAAUAGCUUUAUUUGUAGCACUUAUCUUGUCCGCCAUCAAAGGAUCCACACAGGGGAGAAACCAAAGAAAUGCCUGGAGUGUGGGAAAACUUUCCUUCAGAAUAUACAACUUACUCUCCAUCAAAGGACGCACACAGGGGAGAAACCCUACAAAUGCCAAGAGUGUGGGAAGAGUUUCCUUUGCAGCUCACAUCUUACCCUUCACCGAAGGACACACACAGGGGAGAAACCCUACAAGUGCCAAGAGUGUGGGAAGAGCUUCACAAGGUCAGGGUUUAACUAUCAUCAGAUAAUGCACAGAGGAGAAAGGCCGUUUAAAUGUUUGGAGUGCGGGAAAAGCUUCAGAUUAAGUCAGCAACUUAUCUGCCAUGAAAGAAUCCACACCGGAGAGAAACCCUUUAAAUGCCAGGAGUGCGGUAAAAGUUUCCGUCACAACCAAACACUUACCUCUCACCAAAGCAAACUCUAUGAAUGCCAGGAGUGUGGGAAAAGGUUCUGUUACAGCCGAAACCUGAUCUACCACCAGCGGACGCACACGGGGGAGAAACUCUUUAAAUGCCAGGAGUGUGGGAAGAGCUUCAGCCGCAGGACCCGGCUGACCUCUCACCAAAGAACCCACACAGGGGAGAAGCCCUUUCAAUGCCAGGAGUGUGGGAAGAGUUUUGCGCAAAGUUCAAACCUGAGCAGCCACUGGAAAAUCCAUACCUGGGAGAAACCCUAUGAAUGUCUCGAAUGUGGAAAGAGCUUCGAAGAGCUGAGGACAUUAACCUCGCAUCAAAGAAUCCACACGGGGGAGAAUCCCUUUAAAUGUUUGGUGUGUGGGAAGAGCUUCAGCCGCAGCACGAACCUCGCCACCCAUCAAAGGACACACACAGGGGAGAAGCCCUUCGCCUGCCCGCUGUGUGGAAAGCGCUUCAGCCAGCGUGCACACUUGACCUGCCAUCAGAGGAGCCACACAGGGGAGAAGCCCUUUCAAUGCCAGGAGUGUGGGAAGAGUUUUAUCUGCAGCACAAAUCUGACCGCUCACCAGAGGAGUCACACCGGGGAGAAACCGUUCCCGUGCCAGGAGUGUGGGAAGAGUUUUGGCCGGCGGGCGCACCUCCACUCCCAUCAGAGGAGACACUCAGGGGAGAGGCCUUUUCUGUGUCCAAAGUGUGGGAAGAGCUUCCACCGGAGUGAAGACCUCACUGUACAUCAGAGCGUACACGCAGUGGAGAAACCCUUUAAAUGUCUGGAAUGCGGGAAGACCUUCAGUCAGAGUAAAAACUUUAACAACCACCAGAGAAUGCACAGAGGGGAGAAGCCUUUUCAGUGUCCCGAGUGCGGAAAGAGCUUCAUCCGCAAAGAGGCCCUAAUCUCUCAUCUCCGAAUCCACACAGGGGAAAAACCCUAUAGCUGCUUAGAAUGUGGGGAGCGCUUCAGAGAGAGCCAAAGCCUCACCUAUCAUAAAAGAAUCCACACAGGGGAGAAGCCGUUUAAAUGCCAAGAAUGUGGGAAGAGCUUCCGCCAGAGCUCAAGCCUGAUCAACCACCAAAAAAUCCACACAGGAAGGAAAGUGUAUAAAUACCUUGAGUGUGGAAAUAUUUUCAGGGAGUCUCAGCAUCUUGUCCCCUACCAGAGAAUCCAAACAGAGGAAAACCCUUAACCGAAGGGGCCUCAUACAUACAUACAUGUUUCUUUUGAACAAGGGUGCAGGGUUGCAUUACAUGCACAAGUCCCCCUCACAUACCUUUGCUCUUUUUACAUAAUUCCAGUCUUAGUGACUAUACCUUAAUGUCCAAAGCUCACUUUUCACAACCA